AUGGAAACGUCCCAGAAAGUUGCCAUUCGAGAGAUGCCAGACAGUCCUGCACUUGCCCCAGGAUGUGGGUCAGCGACAUUGGGACACCUGCAACAGCCCCAAAAGAACAACACUGAGAAUCUGAGAAGGAAUCUAAAAUAUAACAAAAAACCACAAGCUUUUAACAGGCAGGACUCAUAUAGCAAUGACGAUGGACCUGGAAAGAGGAAUAUGGGAAAGAACAGUGCAUGUCCCAGAUUUGCAUCCAACCAGAGUUCUCAAUGCUGCAUGAGUAAUGAAGAAGAAAAAUUCAAACAUCUCCAAACGGAACAAAGUGCCUCUGCAGAGAAUGUUUCUUUGCCACACUGUUUUCAUUCAUUGCAAGAGAAAUCUUUAUGUCUUUGUAAUCCUGAAGAACUAGAAAAUCAAUCAUCUGAUAUGCAUAAUAUAGUUAAACAAAGUUGCCUAAAACAAGCAGGGACACAUCAACAACUAAUUGAUUCAGAGACAAUAGAUAAUGUUAUAGGAGAUGAGCUUGAUGUUAAAGCCCUUUCUAGCCAUCACCCUUGUAAUGAUGCUACAGAAAGCAUAGCCCUGGAGGAGCAAGUUCCAUCUCUUUUACAGAAUCCUGAAAAAUUAUCUGAUGCAGCAGCAGGAAAAUCCUCUUGCGCUGAUCAAUCCAGCCCUGGAAGGUCACAGUCAGAAUAUUGUCUUACAGAAAGUCACAAUGAUUCAAAGUUUCAGUUGCAGUCUGUAUCUUGGAGUGAAAACCUCAAACAGUUAAUUAGUACACAGAUUGAGAGUUCAGUACCCUGGUCUUCCUCCUCCUCAUCUUCUUCAUCAUCAUCAUCAUCUUCAUCGUCCAUUGCAUCACUGGUGGAAGACAGAACUCUGGGGUCAGAACAAAUAAAUCAUUGUGUAGAUCCCGGUAAUCCCUCCAAGCACAGUGCACCACAGACCAGCAGCAACAUGCCGAACAAAGCUGAGGCUACAGAAAUGAGUGUAACCCAAGACAGCCAUGUGGCUCUACUGAGAGCCCUCCUGGCUGAAAAAGAUGAGGAUCUCAAUCAGCUCAGCAAAGAACUGAAGAAACUUCAGCUAAUCAACAAGCAACUAUUGGAAGAACAGUGCUUGGUAAUGUCAACAAAUAAAAGACUUCAGAAAGAGACUAACAAAGCUGUAGAAGACAAGAUAAAAGGAGUUGCGAGGGAUUCUAAUCCCACUACACCUGCUGCGCUACAACAACGAAUUGAGCUAAAGAGUUAUCUCAAGGACCUCCAGGAGGCCAAUGAUAGUGCUGUCAAUGAACUCACCAAGGCUGAUGAGGAAAUCUCCCAACUAAGAGGCGAAAUAGCUAAACUAAGAUCUAAAUAUGCGGAAGAACUGCAGGAUGCCAAGAAAGAGAAUGACUACCUCAAAGAUAAGAUUAACAGAUUGCAUUGUGAUCCAUCCCGACAUUCUUUGGAAGACAACACUUUUGGCUUACUGGAUGAAAUUCAACAAUUACGGAAUGAGUCCCGAAAACUCAGAGAAGCUAACCACAGACUUGAUGAAGAAAACCGUCAACUGAAAGAUGUACUGUGGGAUUUCAAGCAACAGCGCGAGUGGCUCUCAAAGAAAAGCUUCAAGAAAAAGAAUGUAGUAGUUACCAAAAGGGGUAGUGGUGCAAUAUCAGCACAGAAGUUAGAACUGCCUCAAAAGGAACAGGAGAAUAUCCUACAGAUAAAGUCUUCUCUUCCGUCCCAUUUCCAGGGAGCCAUCCCACCUUCCCAGCUCAGAUUUGAAUAUUUCAACAUUGAAGAGAAAAGCGGUCCAACCAAAUCAAACGAGGAAGUGACCUUUGAUCAAAGACUCCAAACAUGGGAUGAUGAAAACAAAAGCAGGGCUACAGGAAAUGCUUCUCCAGUUUCAGUAGAUAGUGACAGCACAGAGGUUCUCCUCGCAUCCUGCAGCAAUGGGACCUUUGAUCAGGUCUCAAAUUCAAACAAGCGUCAUCUUGGAGGUAGUCUGUUUGAUCUGGAUGGGGAGAGCGAUGAUGAUAUGUCAUCUAUAAGUCAGAUUAAUGGUCACCAUCAGUUCUCAUAUACACAGUGCUCCAGUUCAACUCCCUGCAAAUCCAUACCAUCAUCUCCUGGUUUUUGGAGCAACUACCUCAACAGAAAAAAAACAGUGAGGUCCAUUGAUAAGACAGUGCUGCCCCGACGUCCAUUUGCCCCCAGGAGCAUUGCGGAUCUGAAAAUUGGGCAUCUCGUUAAAUUCUCCCGGCCUGCAGGAAAAAUCAGCAAAGGAGUGAUAAAAUACAUGGGUCACCUACCAGGGCGACAGGAAGCAUACCUGGGUGUCGAACUGGAAGGUGAUGAAGUUGGGCGACAUAAUGGAACAUUUGAAGGAGCUCGUUAUUUCAUUUGUAAGUUGAACAAAGGUGUAUUUGUGAACUUCAAUAAAGUUAUUAUGGCCUGGGAGUAGAAAGGUGGGAAAUUGCUUCUGAUGUGAAACACAACAGAACCAUCACCCACCUGAUAUAGAAUUCCUUCAAUUGCAAGCGAAGAACCUCCUCUUUUCAGAACAAAGUGAUUCUGUGUACCUCAUUUUAUCAUCCUGUAUUUAGAAGAUGUAAAAAUAAUGA